UGCGCCUUAGCAAUUCUCGGGAGCACAGGCUGUCGCUGUCUUGAUUUGCCGAGGUCAUCGAUGACUGGUGUCCGCGCGGAGAUCACGUCUCAAACUGCACCACGGUCAUGGUCUCUGACGGUGAGAAGGCAGAUAGAGAGCAUUGCGGUGGCUGCGAAGCUCAGCACUAGGAGCUUGUCACGAUGCAUACCAUGGCCAGAAUCUGUCCUUGACGGCGAAACACUGAUUUAACAUCCAGAUAAAUUCUAAUUCCCUCGAUCGUUGCCGACAUCUGACUUCUCCGGUUUAACUUCAGGGCGCCAAACCACCGUACGAGUCAUCCGGACACCACGUCGCUUCCGGGGACGAUGGGAUAUCGCGGGUGCCGAUAUGCGUCGCGUCCCCUUGCCUUGUCGGCUUGACAUGACGUAAUUCAAGCCAUCGAGAAUCUUUGGCAAUUCGUUCGGUAAACGAACACGAAGGCAAUAUUUGCGUACCUCGCUACUGGUGGUGCCGGCCAGCACACGUCAGCUCGUGCCGCAUCCAAAUGUAGCCCGGCAAGCCGAUGACUGUUUCGCAUGAGGCUUUUCUUCUCUCUGCACGUAGACUUGCUGGUCUUCAAUCAGCUUGACCAUUCACCGUCUCCCACACCUCAGCGAGAAACAUCAGAACUACGCACAUAAUGUCUGGUUUCUUGGCUCCUCCUCCUCUGCCUCCCACCAAGCUCGGCAUCCACAGACCUCUCGCUUCCCGCGCAGGCGUUCACGUCUCUCCCAUCCAGCUCGGUGCCAUGAGCAUCGGCGACAAGUGGCAAGAAGUCGGCAUGGGAAGCAUGAACAAAGAGUCCAGCUUCAAGCUGCUGGACGCGUUCUACGACGCCGGCGGCAACUUCAUCGACACCGCUAACAACUAUCAAGACGAGUCUUCGGAAGAGUUCCUCGGCGAGUGGAUGGAGCAGCGCGGCAUCCGCGACCAGAUCGUGCUCGCCACCAAGUACACGACCGACUUCCGCCGUGGCAAGGGUGGCCAGCACAGUGCCUUCGUCGGCAACAGUGUCAAGUCCAUGCAUGUCUCCAUCACCGCGUCCCUCAAGAAGCUGCGCACCGACUACGUCGAUAUCCUGUACCUGCACUGGUGGGAUUACACUACGUCCGUGGAAGAGGUGAUGGACGGCCUACACACGCUCAUCCAGCAGGGCAAGGUCCUCUACCUUGGCGUGUCCGAUACGCCCGCGUGGGUCGUCUCGCAGGCGAACAUGUACGCGCGAAUGGCGGGCAAGACGCCGUUCACGAUCUUCCAGGGCAAGUGGAGCAUCAUGGACCGAGAUAUUGAGCGCGACAUCCUGCCGAUGUGCGUUGCGCAAGGCAUGGCGAUCGCGCCUUGGAAUGUCCUCGCUGCUGGGAAGAUCCGUACUGACGCCGAGGAGCAGCGUCGCCUCCAGUCCGGCGAGCAGGGUCGUCAGAUCUUCGACGACUGGAAGCGCACGCCCGAGGAACGCAAGGUCUGCCUCGAGCUCGAGCAGGUCGCGAAGGAGGUUGGGGCGAAGAACAUCACAUCUGUCGCGAUCGCGUGGAUCAUGCAGAAGGCGCCGUACGUCUUCCCCAUCAUCGGCGGACGUAAGAUCGAACACAUGCACGGCAACAUCGAGGCACUGUCGAUCUACCUGAGCGACGAGCAGAUCACGCGCCUCGAUAGCGUCGUGCCACUCCACAAGGGAUUCCCUUAUGCCGAGUUUGGCGACGGAACAGGCUUCAAUUUCUUGCAUCAAUCUGCUGGUCACUUCCAGAGGUGGCCGAAGGCUAGUCCUAUCAAGCCCUCGCCCUCCACAUAGUAGCCGCGAGGGUCACUACAUGUCGAAGUGACGCACUCUUGACGGGGGCCAAAAUGUACUGUCUCAAUUAUCAUUUCAUCGAGCUUAUCGCGUGUCCGGAGCUGACAUUACCUUUCGCGGAAAAUUGAGAGAAGAGGCCGAAUGUCAUUGGCAUUCAGAGACCUCAUCAAAUCAGAAUUCAAUAUCUAGUUCGCUGAUGCGACGUACUGGGUACGGUGGUGGCCCUUGAGGGGUGCUC